UUUUUUUAGAAAAAAAAGAAAUGAAAAAACCACUUGCUACAACAAAAAAAGCAAAACGUCAACGUAUUAAAACUCAAAGAAAAUUUUCAAAAUCGGCAAGACGUGGAAAAUUGAGAAAAUAUGCAAAGGAUAAAAUAAUUGAAGUUCGGCAAGCGAGGCAGAGUAAAAGUAAUGGAAGAUUCGACAAGAUUCGAAAUGAUUGGCUACGUGAUAGAGAAAUGCGUCAAAAUGAUUCUGAUUCGAAUUAUAGCGAUAAUGAAGAAGAGGAAUACAAAGAAGUAGUUAAACAACAAAAGGAAGAGGAAGAAGAUGAAAAUGAGGAGAUGGAUUUGGAAGAAAUUAAAAAACAUUUUUUAUCAUUUGGAGGUUUUGAAGAAGAAAAAGAAAUGUUAUUACCUAUUAAAAUUGGUGGAAAAUUAAUUAAUAGAGUUAAAAUGGAUGUUGAAGAAGAGGAGAAUGAGGAAGAUGGUGAAGUUGAAGAGAAAAUGGAAUUAAAUAUGGAUGAAGUGGAGAAGGAACAGGGAAAAGCUUCACUUCCAAAUUUAACAAAUUUGGAUGAUCAACAAUUGAAAGAACUUUAUACAAAAUUAAUAGAAGAAGCAAAAUUAAAAAUUGCAACAAAUGCAGAACUAAUAAUUGCUGAUCCAAAUGAAAACAUUUCAAAAUUUCGUAUUUUAUUAAAAAUGGCUUUUGGAGAAGACUUGACACCUUUAAUCCGUGAAGAUGUUCAAAAACUUGCGACAGCUACUUUAUCUGAAGUUUUUAUUAAUAUAUUGCCUGGAUAUAGAUUACAUACUUUAACGGAUGUUGAAAAAGGACAAAAAAUGAAGAAGGAAACUAAAAGAUUAGCAUCAUUUGAACAAUUAUUGCUUCAAUAUUAUGUCAAAUAUCUCAAAUUUUGUGAAAAAACUGCUAAUAAAUUAUUUUCAACAAAAAAUGACCACUCAAACAAUUUGUCAUUUUCUGCUCAAUUUGGAAUUUUAUGUGGAAAAUGUUUGUGUCUUUUAUUAGAAAAAUGUUCACAUUUUAAUUAUGCUUCAAAUAUAAUUUCUUGUUUGGCAAGACUAAGUCUUUGUAAAUGUAAAAAUUUAAUUCUUUUUUAUUUAUCCCAUUUUUUCUUCGCUUCAAACCAGGAGAGAUAUUAAAUCACCUUGUGUGUGGAUCAGGGGUCGGGUGGGUUGAUUGCAAUAAGAUUUUUUUAAUCAAUUCCCAUUCCAGUUGAUUCCAAUAAAUUCCAAUUCCACUAAUUUCCAAUUCCAAUAAGCUUGAAGGAAAUAUAG